AUGGCAGAAUUCACAGGUUACAAGGAAACCUCAAAUCGGCACCUACGAUUCAAAUUGCAAAGUCUCAGUCGCCGCCUUGAUGAACUGGAGGAAGCAACCAAAAAUCUACAGAAAGCAGAGGAUGAGCUGCUUGAACUGCAGGACAAAGUUAUCCAGGCAGAAGGCAGCAACUCCAGCAUGCUGGCUGACGUGGAAGCCCUGCGGAAAAGAGUGCUGAAGAUUGAAGGGAAGGAUGAAGAAAUUAGGAAGGCUGAAGAGCUUUGCCGGUUAAUGAAAGAAAAACUUGAAGAGGAAGAGAGCCUCACCCGAGAGCUGAAGUCAGAGAUUGAACACCUUCAAAGGAGAAUGGCAGAGCUGGAGAAGCUGGAGGAGGCCUUCGGCAGGAGCAAGAACGACUGCACGCAGCUGUGUCUUAGCCUCAAUGAAGAAAAGAACUUGACCAAAAAGAUAUCUACAGAAUUAGAAAUACUUAGGGUGAAAGUGAAAGAACUGGAAGCAUCUGAGGACAGGCUGGAUAAAACUGAGCAGAGCUUAACGGGCGAGUUAGAAAAACUGAAAUCAUUAGCACUGAGCUUUAUCACAGAAAGGAAACAUUUUAAUGAAAGAGAAAAGCAGAAUGAAAAAAUAAUCCAGGAGCUGACACAGAAACUAGAACAAAACAAUAAACUAAAUAGGGCAGAUCAGACUAGAAAUGCAUCCAAUUUGCUAGAAAGGUCAUCAAAUAAUCUCCUGGACCGAAAUGAUUUGAGAAUUGAAGAUGACUUGACUUCUGCAUUGCCCUCCAAGGAGACCAGGAGGAAGGGAAGUAUGGAUUACCUGAAACAUGUAGAAAAUGAAACCAGGAAUAAAUCAGAAAACCAAAAGAAUAAAAAUCAGGAAGACAACAAAGUGAAAGAUCUCACCCAAGAAAUUGAGAAACUUAAAACUCAGAUCAAGCGUUUUGAAUCUUUAGAAGAAGAACUUAAAAAAAUGAGAGCCAAAAACAAUGACCUGCAGGACAGUUACUUGAGUGAACAGAAUAAAAACAAACUCUUAACGGGUCAGCUAGAAGAAAUAAAAAUGCAAAUAAAAAAGCAGAAAGAUCUGGAGAACGGAGAGGCUGAAAAUGAAGACACAAGCUUUUCUAGCAGGGGAAAACACGACAGACCUAAAUACAGAGGGGCCACAGCUGACCUGACAGCUGCCAAGCACAAGCCCAGGGAGCUCUCACCUCAGCAGCGCCGGGAACGAGCAAGGAACAGAGACCUCUCUGUGAGUAACGACAGCUACAGCCACAGUGCUAGGCAGGUGCCCAGCCCGAGCUUAAUGAACAGAAAAGCAGGAAAAGCAUCUGGUGCAUCUGCCCUUUCAGACACUGCUGUGGCAGAUACAAAAAGACUGGAAGAGAAAUCUUCAGUUUCCACUUUUUCCUCUGGUCAGAGGGAAGGCUGUGUCGUGCAGAAUGAGGGGAAGAGAUCAAAAGAGCAGCCGUCUGUCCUCAGUCGAUAUCCUCCUGCUGCACAGGAGCAGAAAUCUUGGAAAGCAUCUUCCAAACCUGUUGGUGACCCGGGCCUGAGAUCCAAGGCUGAAAAGCCAUCUCAUGUGCUCCGUGGCAACUGCCAAACCGGUGCUGACACACGGGAGGAAAAGUCAAGCAGAGGAGAAUCGGUGGCGUCCUUGGCUGAGAAGCUGAGAACGGCUCAGGCAGAAGUCAGUGACUGCCCAGGGGAUGUGCUCACGAGGGGCAGCCACUCCUCCAACGGCACAGCCCUGGCAUACAGGUCCCACUUCUCCUCCCACUUGUCCGUGUCAGACUCCACUGGCUCUAAAGCAGAAACCACGAACGCUCUUGCUGCAUCACACAGACAGCACUCAGAGGGGAGGGCUAAAAGAGCAAUAAUUUCACAGGAAAAAGAAAUUGUAGAUACAUCCCUUGAAAGUGCAAAAGCCUCAACGCUAACAAAGCGUUACCAUCGCUCCAGGAGUCAGGAGGACAUUCUGCAGAUUCUCACAGGUCUUGAUAAAGAAGACAAGGAACAGUCUUCGACAGCAGAUCAUGUCAAUUCUGGUUUAAAAACAGAGUCCAAAAUCACCCAGAAUAACCAGGAAAAACUUAAUUCAGAUGAUGAAUCUGGAAGAAGCAAAAAAUCAACCUCUCAGUCAGAUUUGGAGACAAGAAAGAAAGUCAGUUCCAAGCAGUUCUCUAAUUCUAGGGGAGUUCUUAGAGCAUCAGUUUUUGAAAAUGACAAAAGCACUGUAAAUGAAGAAGACUCCACCAAGUGUGUAAAACCACUAGAUGCCAGCUCUGGAGGAUUUAAAUCCAGAAGGUCGUUCAGCCCGAGAGAGGCUCUGAGAUCAAAAGCAGUCAUUAAACCUGCAAUUGUUGAAAGGGAUAUGAAGGCAGUCAUGGGAGGGGCUGCUCCUGAGGCAGAGUCAGAAAAACAGAAGUCUGUUCUUAAAAUGGUAACAAAUAAAAUGACAAGCAGCAUCACAAUCUUCCCUUCUGAGCCGUCAGCCCCAAGGACCAGUGCAGAUGCAGCAGCAAAGGAAAGGCAUGUUACCACCAGCAACAUCAGAGUUGCUCCAAAUGAGCCUUCACCAAUAACAAACAAUCUUCCCACACCUUUAGAGAUAUCGAUUAAUAAAAGCGCUCUAAAAUUAUCAGAGACUGACAGAACUGGAGAGGCAGCACCAAGGAGUAAAGCAGAAACAGUGGUCUCCAGAAGCAGCAUUAUGAUAAAGACUUCUGAACUGGUGGAGAGGAACAGUGAGCCUUUGGAGACAGUCAGCUGGAAGAGCUAUGGCUCUUCAGAGGCAGCUGCAUCUGAAUCAAAACACGUCACUGUGAGAAGUUCUUGGAGAACAAGACAAGGCUUACACUCCCUAGAGGACUCUCAAACCAAAGUGGAGAAGAGUGCAGCUUCCAGUACUACAAACAUGUGUGGGUCCUCAGUGGACCUGUCAGAAAUGGAAGGGAACAGUGCAAGAACAAACUCCCUGGACCAGACCUCAGCAAGGACCAGUGCCACAGCUAAUUCCUGGAGUACCCCUGAGCUGGGAUCACGACGGACCAAAAGUAACUUAAGUGCAUCUGAACUACAAACACCCAAGAGCUCUGCAGGUGACCUUACAGUGGCUGCUUCCUCGCCCCGGACCACGCUACCUGAUGAAAGCAAAGAUUUUGUGCCCAGUUCCAGAAGAAAACAGUUUGGUUCUUCUGAGUUCCUCUCACAGGGUGAGACACCAGGGAAAAGGCCAUCCACCAAGAUGGAGCUGCAGGAGCCUGUAUCCAACACCCAGGUACCACUGGAUCUCCAGGUGGAGGAGCAGGGCACUGCCCGGGCCUGCCGGACAACGUCUCGGAGAUGA